GUUCCGUUUUUGGAGAAAUGGUACCGAACUAACCUUCAGUAGAUAAAACCCAGCACAGUUCUAGACUCAUCAGAACCAGAGCAGGUAAAGACAUGGACCUUGGGACUGCUGCGUAUAUAGUUGGAGGUGCAGUAGGUGCUGUGGUCGCGGCUCCUGUUGUUCUGGGAGCAGCAGGUUUCACCUCCGCUGGGAUCGCAGCAGCCUCCAUUGGUGCUAGUAUGAUGUCGACUGCUGCAGUUGCUAACGGAGGAGGAGUGGUAGCAGGCGGUCUGGUGGCUGGUUUGCAGGCAGCAGGUGCAGCUGGUCUGUCUGGAGCUGCCACUGCAGCUGUGGCAGCCACCGGAGCAGUCAUCGGAGCAGCAGUGGAAUCGCUGACUGGCUGAGAAUCAUGAAGGAACAAGACGCAGUUACAAUACUUUUACUUUUGCCAAAUGAAGGAGGCAAUAGCAAAUUACAUCAGUAUAUUACCUAAAGAACACUUUUGUCAUCUCAGACAACUGAUUUGUUUUGUUCAAUAAAUCAUUGUAACCUGUGAAA